AUGCGCGAGAAAACGCUACUUGAUGUUGAGGGCGGUCUGUCAGAGUCUGUUCCACUCACUCUCGACUCUGAUUUUGAAGAAACGGGUUCCAGUUCAUCUGUUGUGAUGGCGUAUGCUCGAUCGCUGGAUCUACAGCCUCCACUCGUACUGAUCUCGAUCCUAGGAGCUCUUUUGCUGCUAUUUGGUGGUACUUUUCGUCCUAUUUUCCUUGUUUUUACCAUUUGUGGCUAUGGUGUUGUCUUCUCUCUCUAUUUGUCGCAUUGGGUACUAUUAAAAGACUCUGGAAGUACUGAAAUGAAAGAAGUUGCAAUUCCUAUUCGUCAAGGAGCUGAAGGAUUUUUGAAGAUUCAAUACACGUCUAUUGCUCGUAUGGCAGUGGUUAUUUCAGGCUUAAUCUUCUUUAGUUAUGCACUACGACCCAGUAGUACACUGAGUUCGGGUGUUGAGAAACUUGACAAUUUUACACUUGGUAUUGUCUCGUCUGUGGCUUUUCUUGUGGGUGCAAUAUGUUCGGCUGCUGCUGGAUAUGUGAGCAUGUGGGUCUCAGCACGAUCUAAUAUUCGAGUCGCAAGUGCUGCUCGUAGCUCAUAUGGAGCUGCAUUGCUAGUGUGUUUCCGAGGUGGAGCUUUCUCCGCCGUGCUGGAUAUUACGCUCUGUGUGGGUGGAGUGAGUACACUCUACAUGACGCUGUACAUGCUGUUUGGAUCAUUACUACUUCCGACGGAGAUCCCGUUGCUUAUGGUCGGGUACGGGUUUGGUGCGUCGUUUGUGGCACUGUUUAUGCAACUUGGUGGAGGAAUAUACACUAAAGCAGCAGAUGUCGGAGCUGAUCUGGUCGGAAAAGUCGAAGUGGGCAUUCCAGAAGAUGAUCCACGCAAUCCGGCAGUGAUUGCUGACCUUGUGGGAGAUAUGGUGGGUGACUGUGUUGGCAGCAGUGCUGAUGUGUUUGAGUCUGUUGCUGCUGAGAUCAUUGGUGCUAUGAUUUUAGGAGGCACGCUGGCACGUGAAGCUCAGCUGCCGAAUUCAGUCACCUUUGUCUUCUUUCCCGUGGUCGUACACGCUUUCGACAUUGUUGUUAGCAGUGCCGGUAUUUUGAUGGUGAGAGCACCUUCAGAUGUCGAAGCUUCGCGUCCUAAUCACAACCCGAUGGCUACGUUACAGACCGGCUACAAUGUGUCUCUUGCUCUGGCGUUAGUUGGGUUUGCCGUCACAACGCGUUGGCUGCUUUACACGCCUGAACACCCGACGGCAUGGAUGAACUUUUUCCUCUGUGGAGUUGUCGGUAUGCUUACGGCCUUUGUAUUCGUCAAGUCGACGCAGUAUUACACUGACUACGCUCAUCCGCCUGUGCGGAGCAUUGCUAAGGCCAGCACCACGGGUCAUGGCACCAAUAUCAUUACCGGCGUGGCUGUCGGCAUGAAGUCUACCGUUGUACCCACGCUCAUGGUGAGCUUUGCUGUAAUUGCAGCCUACCACUUGGGUGCCAGCUCUGGUAUUGGUGGCCAGGGCAGCCGCCACGCUGGUCUGUUCGGAACCGCAGUGGCAACCAUGGGCAUGCUUUCCUCGGCGGUGUUUGUACUGGCUAUGAACAACUACGGCCCCAUCGCCGACAAUGCGGGAGGUAUUGCCGAGAUGAGCCGUCAGCCUGACUACGUACGCGAUGCCACGGACAAGUUGGACGCUGCUGGUAAUGUCACCAAGGCAAUUACCAAGGGAUACUCAAUCGGGUCGGCCGCUUUAGCUUGUUUCGUGCUGUUCGGCGCUUUCAUGGAUGAGUUCUCGGCAUUUGCUGGGCGCGAGUUCAAGACGGUGGAUAUUGCUACAGUCGAGGUUCUGGUCGGUGGUCUCCUGGGUACGAUGAUGGUAUUCUUCUUUACCGGUCUAGCUGUUGCGGCUGUGGGUGAGACUGCUGGAGAGGUUGUAAACGAGGUGCGCCGCCAGUUUGAGAUGUAUCCGGGUAUUAUGGAGUACAAGGAGAAGCCAGACUAUCGCAGGUGUGUUGCACUCGUCACUACGGCUGCUUUAAAGCAGAUGCGUUUCCCUGGUCUACUGGCUGUGCUCAUGCCAAUCUCAGUCGGGAUUGUCUUCCGUGCGAUUGGCGAGUACCUGGGCAAGCCGCUGCUCGGAGCUGAGGUUCUUGCUGGCUACCUCAUGUUUGGUACGGUGACUGGCAUUAUGAUGGCCUUGUUCCUGGACAACGUUGGUGGUGCUUGGGACAACGCCAAAAAGUAUGUCGAGCUCGGAAACUACGGAGGCAAGGGCAGUGAGGCCCACAAGGCUGCUGUCACUGGGGACACUGUGGGUGAUCCGUUUAAGGACACGGCCGGUCCGGCGCUGCAUGUCGUCAUCAAGCUGUUGUCCACGACGGUGCUGGUGUUUGGUCCGCUGUUCGUUUCGCGCGAGUAG